AUGUAUCCCAUCUUCUAUAUAUCUAGAUCCAAAUCACACUUCACGCUCAAAUUCUCAAUCUUUCUUUCUCUCUCCCUUCUUAAUUCUCAGAUCUCAAACCAAAAAAUGGGAAAAUUUUCUCUUCUCCUUCUCCUUCUCCUCACCACCCUCCACAUUUCCCUCACUCUCUCCAGCCCCACCAACUUCAUCAAAUCCUCGUGCAGCGCCACCCAGUACCCCGCCCUCUGCGUGGAGUCCCUCUCCGUCUACGCCGCCUCCAUUCAGCAGGACCCCCACGAACUGGUUCAGACCGCCCUCUCUCUGGCCCUCAACAAAACCGAGUCCACCAAAACCUUCGUGACCAAGUGCAACAAGUUCAGGGGCCUCAAGCCCCGAGAAUAUGCCGCCCUCAAAGACUGCGCCGAGGAAAUCAGCGACGGCGUGGACCGCCUCUCCCGGUCCCUGAAGGAGCUCAAGCUCUGCAAGCUCAAGGGCGAGGACUUCGCCUGGCACAUAAGCAACGUGGAGACGUGGGUUAGCUCUGCACUCACCGACGAGAGCACUUGCGGCGACGGCUUCGCCGGAAAGGCUCUCAGCGGGAAGAUGAAGGACGCCAUCAGGGGCAGAAUGGUCAAUGUCGCUCAGGUCACUAGCAAUGCGCUCUCUCUCAUCAACCAGUAUGCUGCCAAACACUAG